AUGGCUACUACUAGCACCACCGCGCCGACUGCCGUGCCUGAGACAAAGACUGCGUCCGUGGCAGGUAUCCGUAAGAACGGGAAGCAGUGGCACGAACCAAAAAAGGCCUUUCGCCGAACAACGGGACAAUCAAGCUAUGCGAAGCGUGUUGCGCGGGAGUCGCAGACUGCGGAGGUGAAGCAGAUCGAGAAGGAGAUGAAGCAAGAAAAAGAGGAAGAGCGACAGAGGAGAAUACAGGGCAUCAAGGAUCGACGCGCCGCCAAGGAGGAGAAGGAGCGUUACGAGAAGAUGGCCGAGAAGAUGCACAAGAAGCGAGUUGAGCGACUGAAGCGAAGAGAGAAGCGCAACAAGAUGUUGAAGUCUUGA